GUGAACAUCAACCUCUCCAGCGGUCUGCAUCUGGACAGUCAAGUAAGCCCCACAGGCAACCCCAAUUACAACGACUUUGGCUCCUCGCACUCCCCAACAUCCACCCACACACCACCACACCCCUUCCAUACCACCCACACCAACCACACCCACGACCCCUCUACCGUAAACCGGAGCCUGGCCCAGAGCAAGAAGUGGCAGAGCAAGUCGUCGGUGGACAUACGGCGACCAGCCACAGACACGGAGACGUCGGCGGCUCAGGCGGUGUGGCAAAUGCCCGUUGUUAAUGGCAACGAGCACGAGUUAGAGAUGUUGCAAAUGCAGCACAACAACGCCAUGGCUAAUGGCAAGAGCAGUAGCGUGGGCCAUACGGGGGAGAGCUGGCCCGAGUCCGAAUUUGAGGGCAGGGACACGCACCCUGGUGAGAGGAAGGGGGUGGGUGAGGAUUGGGCUGAGGGGGUGGUUAGGGGUAUUACUCCGGCGGAGGUGCAGUUGAAGGUGGACGAGCCGGCGAAGGGAGGGAUCGAGAAUGCAAGCAGCGACACCGAUG